AAAAAAAAAAUCACUACCAUUGCUAACAUGAUCUGAGUAACGUUGGCUAAUAACAGAACGAGUUCAUGCAGUUAUUAUGUCAACGACUGACAUGUUCGGUGUGCUUGACAUCCUGCGCUCACUUUAUCGGCACGUACAGACACUGGAAGAAUUUGCGAACUGCAUUGUUUUCAAAGAGGGACAGAAAGCAGUGCUCAUUGAACAGUCAGACCCAAACCGUUUCAAGUCAUUCGUCCGGGGAGUUUUUGUCUGUUUUGACAAGGAGCUACAGCAAGUACCAAGUUGCAGCCAGAUCUGCACUCUGCCUGAACUGCUAGCCUUUGUUCUUAACCACCUGAAGCAGAAAAGAAAAAGAAAUGUCUUGGCACACGGUUACCAUUUCCUGUCCCUGGCUCAGGAAGAGCGAGAUGCCGACCAUUUCAGAUUUCAAGGAGAUGUAACUCAAAGUGCUGCCUACAUACAUGGCAGUGACCUGUGGAAGAAAGUCACAGUACGCCUCGGCACAGACAUCACACGGUACCUUUUGGAGAGCUGCUCUGUGUUUGUGGCAGUCCCUCCUUCAUGUGUUUUCCAGGUGUGUGGGGUUCCAGUAUAUGACAGAGUGUCCAUGACUACUGCCUCCACUGGGUUUUAUCUCCAGCCUCGCUCCAGGACACAUAAUGGUAAACGGUUUGGAAGGUAUCAAGGUUUAGUGACCUUGAAAAGGAGACACAGAGAUGCAAAUCACAGUAAGAGAAACAGAAUAGAUGUAAGAGUGAAGAUGGGGAAAAGAAAGAGAGAAACAGACCAGAAGUACGAGGAAGGAGUUAUGACUGGUUCAAGAAAGAGGAGAAGGGAAGGACAGCAAGAACCCACACAGGGAAUCCAACAGGUUUACUGUGAAACAGUGGAGGAAGAACAGCCCAUGUCUAUGGAACCAACACUCUCUAUGAAGCCUUUGGAAAAUGGAGGUACCAGUUCUAAACAUCCUGGUGAAAUGCAAACAACCACACUUCUUUUGGAGGGUGGACCUAGUUGGAGAUCAGGGGUUUUCCCCCCUUUACCUCCCUCACAAUGUUUUAUUCGCACAUUGGGAUUCUUGUAUGCGGGAAGAGGAAUGCGAAGCUUCCUUCUCAACAGAAAAAAAAAGAGUGCUGAUGGAUCCAGAAGGCUACAAGGGCAAGAUUUGGUACGAAUAGUCUUCUUUGAGGGACUUGCUUAUUUAAACGGGCUAGAGAAGAAACCAAAAAAGCUCCCCCAGCGCUUUUUUAACAUGGUACCCCUUUUUAGUCAGCUGUUAAGACAACAUAAGAGCUGUCCCUACAGCAUAAUACUGCAGAGGAUGUGUCCACUUGUGGACAACAGAGAUGCAGGACAGGGAGAAUUAAGCUCCCUCUUACCUCAACACUGUGCACCUCACCGGGUCUACCUGUUUGUCAGGGAGUGCCUCUUGGCUGUUAUCCCUCAGGAGAUGUGGGGCUCCGACUACAACCGGCUUAAUUUUUUUGUCAGGGUCAGGGGCUUCUUGUGCAGUGGAAAGUUUGAGAGGCUCUCAUUGGCUGAACUGAUGUGGAAGAUGAAAGUGAAUGACUGUGAUUGGUUGAAGAUCAGUAAGACAGGCAGGUUCCCUCCCAGUGAGCUCUCAUACCGGACACGGAUCCUGGGUCAGCUCCUGGCCUGGCUUCUGGACGGCUAUGUUGUAAGCCUCGUCCGAGCCUGUUUCUAUGUCACUGAGAGCGUGGGCCAGAAGAAUGCCCUCAGGUUCUACAGACAAGAAGUGUGGGCCAAAUUGCAGGAACUAGCCUUCAGAGGCCACCUCUCCAAGGGUCAGAUGGAGGAGUUGACUCCAAAUGAGGUGGCAUCCCUCUCCAAAACCACUGUUGUCUCCCGUCUUCGCUUCAUUCCCAAGACUGAUGGCAUGAGGCCCAUCACACGAGUCAUAGGAGCAGAUGCCAAAACAAGGCUUUAUCAAAGGCAUGUCCGAGACCUGCUGGAUAUGUUGUGGGCCUGUGUGCGCUCUGUUCCCUCCCUCCUGGGCUCCACAGUGUGGGGGAUGACCGAUAUCCACAAAGUGUUGCACUCUCUGGCUCCGACCCAGAAAGACAAGCCACAGCCACUCUACUUUGUGAAGGUGGAUGUGAGUGGAGCCUAUGAGAGUCUGCCUCAUGACAAGCUCGCUGAGGUGAUUGACCAGGCCCUGUCACCUGCCAAGGAUGAAAUCUUCACCAUCCGCCGCUAUGCCAAGAUCUGGGCUGAUUCUCAUGAGGGCCUGAGAAAGGCUUUUGUUCGACAGGCAGAUUUCCUGGAGGACAACAUGGGAUCUACCAACAUGAAAGGGUUUGUGAUGUCACUGCAGAAAAGGGGCAAAGUUCAUCAUGCCAUACUGGUGGAGCAGUAUUUCUGCUCAGAUCUUUAUGGCAGAGAAGCAUUGCAGUUCUUCACCCAAAUGUUAACUGGCAGUGUUGUCCAGUUUGGGAAAAAAACAUACCGUCAGUGCCGAGGAAUUCCUCAGGGAUCGGUUGUGUCCAGUCUGCUCUGCUGUCUUUGCUACGGACACAUGGAAAAUGUUCUGUUCAAAAACAUUACUGAAAACAAAGGGUGUUUGAUGAGACUGGUGGAUGACUUUCUUAUGAUCACUCCAGACCUACACGAAGCACAAACCUUUCUCAAGAUCUUGCUUGCCGGGGUACCACAGUACGGUCUGGUGGUCAACCCACAGAAGGUGGUGGUCAACUUUCAAGUGUCUGGAAGCGUAGGCCCUUCCCCGAUUCGUGGGAUGCACCCUCAUUGUCACUUGCCCUGAUGUGGACUGCUGCUGGACACACACUCACUGGACAUCUACAAAGAUUAUUCUAGCUAUGCAGGCCUGUCUCUGCGCUACAGCCUUACUUUGGGCUCUUUUCACUCAGCUGGACAACAAAUGAGGAGGAAACUGAUGGCCAUCCUCAGGCUCAAAUGUCACGCCCUGUUCUUUGACCUGGAGACCAGUUCUCUUGAGGCCGUCUACCAGAACAUCUACAAGCUGGUGCUGCUUCAUGCCUGCAGGUUCCAUGUGUGUGCCCAGAGUUUGCCCUUUGGUCAGACAGCUGCUAAGAAUCCUGCCUACUUUCUGCAGAUGAUAUGGGACAUGGCCAAGUAUGCCAAUCAGCUCAUCAGGCUCAGCAACAAAGGAUUGAUUUUAGGCAGUAAGGCCCAGACUGGCAUUGUGCAGUAUGAAGCAGUGGAGCUUCUUUUCUGUCUUUCCUUCUUGCUGGUGCUGUCACAACACCGCCCUCUAUAUAAGGAUAUACUCCCACAACUGCACAAAUGGAAGCGCAGUCUGGAGCGGCGUCUCGGGGAUCUGAGGCUGGGCCGAAAAGCCACUAACCCCAGGACCCCAGUCGACUUCUUGGCCAUCCAGAUGUAGACUGCCAGCUAAUCCCUGUUACUUCCAGCACCCAAGAAAGCCUCAGCUGCUGAAAUAUAUGUAAUGUAGUAUUAUGUCCUGUGUGUCCCUCAUAGUUUUGUGAUUUUUUUUCUCCAAAAUUUGUCUCAAAAUCAAGAUAUAGUGCAAAUCUGUUUUAUUUGCUUGUCUCAUCCUCAGGUUUUGAUAGCAUAAAAUGAGCAGUUUGAGUUUAUCUGGUAGAUCAGGCCAGUUGUAGUGUAUGUUUUGCACAAUGACAGGAAAGCUGGUUGCAAAAAACAGCCCCUAAUCAUCUGAUAUAAAACACUUAAGUGAUAAGCCUCGGUCAUAAAUGCACCAUAUAAAGCAACAACCUCCAUAAAGAUGGAUUACUGAAAAUCCUCCUGCUGUUUUCACAUCUGCUGCUUGUUUGUUUCUCUGGACUUUGGUUUACACUUCAUGGUAGUUUUCCAUGAAGUCAUGAGAUGUUUUUGCAAAUAAUUUAUGUGUAAAUAAGUUCACAGAAAUAUUGUCUGUGAAAUCAAGUGGCCUUUGUAGAAGACAGUAGUUCCAGUUCUUUACUUUUUUUAAAGAGAUUUCUCAAACAGCUUAAGAUCUCAUGCAUGAAUGUUUUAUGAUAUUUAUGUUCAAAUGUUAGGGUUAAUGUGGAAUCAAAGAUGGCUGUUUCGCUAUGAUUUUUUGGAUUGAAUUUUAUUUACAUCAUGUACAGCACACUACACAGUCUUGAAAG